AUGAAAAAAAUUACAAAUAACGAAAAAAAUGGAAUUUUAGAUUGGAUAAAUCAAAGUUUAAAAAAAGAUAACGAUGUAAAAAACCUACUUCCAAUAAACGAAAACGACAAUAACAGCUUUAAAAAUGCAUUUAAAAAUGGUAUUCUAUUAUGUAAAAUAGCUAAUAUUUCCAUAAGAUCAACAAUAUUUGAGAAUGAAGAAAAAGUAAGAGAAAAUUUUAUUUUGUUUUUAAACGCUGCAAAAUCCUUGGGCUGUAAUAUAAAUGGAGUUACUAUUCAAGAGUUAUUAGAAUGUGAUGAGCAGUCUGUUUUAUUAUUAGUAUGGGAAGUAAUAGUUGUAGGGUUAAUAAAAAAAAUAUAUUCAGUGGAACCUUCAAGAUUUGUGUCACUUUUAAAGGAUAAAGAAACAAUCAAGACUUAUUAUGAACUACCUCCUAGAGAAAUAUUAAUACGUUGGGUUAACUUUCAAUUAAAUAGAGCAUGGAUGGAAAGAAGAAUAAAAAAUUUUAAUAAUGAUAUCAAAGAUUCAGAAGUCUACACUGUUUUGGUAAGAAGAAUUACUACCAAAGACGCUGGUGUUAAUAUAGAUGCUUUAAAUGAAGAGGAUUUAGAAAAAAGGGCUUCAAUGGUUUUAGAAAAUGCUGAUAAAAUCGGUUGCAAAAGAUUUCUAAAACCAACAGACAUUGUAAAUGGAAAUAGUAGGCUUAAUUUUGCAUUCAUUGCAAAUAUUUUUAAUACAAAUUUAGCUUUGCCCGAAAUUGAUCUUAACAACAUUAACAAAACUAUCGAUGAAAAUAUUAUUACAAGCACCAAUGUUUUCAACUACUCAAUGAUACAUAGCAGCAACACCAACUCAAUGGACUCUUUGUUUAGAAACUGGAUCAACUCUUUAGGAAUUUGUGAACGAUAUGUUUAUGAUCUAUAUCUUUGUACUCACGAUGGUGUAGUGUUAAUAACUCUAUUCAACAAAAUAUUUCCUAGUUUAGUAGACCACGAAAGAGUUGUAUAUCCGCCUUUUAAAUCCUCAAGGUCCAGAGAAAAGCUUGAAAAUUGUCAUUAUGUAGUAGAACUAUCAAAGAGAUGCGGCUAUAACGUAUCUGGUAUUAAUGGUGUGGAGAUUUACAAUAAAGGAAGACGAGGAACACUACGUAUUCUCAAUUGCUUAAUGAAAAGUUAUUAUAGUUUUCAAAUAGACCCAAAUCUUAAAAAAGAUUUAAAUGAAAUGCAAAUUAUUCAAACAAUUAAUAUAAUAUUGGAAAAAGAAAACAAGAGGCAAAUAUGUGGGGCUAGGUUUUUAAUUAGUCCAGAUUAUAAUGACUUUUUAGCAAUUUUAGAUUUUAUCAAUUUAAUUAAACCCAAAACUGUUAACUAUUCAUUGGUGCAUUAUGUUAAAAUUAGCAGUAACGAUUAUAAAAUAACUGACCUAGUUGUUUCCUAUUGUUUUAAAAUUGGUUGUAAUUUUUAUGGAAACCCAUUAGACUUUGACAACUAUAGAGAGUUUGACUCAACUUAUUUAUUAUUUUCUCUUUUAACACUAUAUAAAAUAAAACAAUAA